UUUACCAACCAGUUGACCGAGCCUCGGGAGGGAAGUUGCCGCAGCCGCCCGGGCCGCCGGCCCUCCAGUCCCCCGCUCAGGGACACAGUUUCUCCUAGCAUGACUGUGAUCUGACGAGCAAUCACAAGAGUUUGACUCCUGUGUCUGGCACCGUAGUGCUGGGGCGUGAUCACCGCCUGUCACUAGAGCUGCCAUGGCUGCUGCCUCUACUUCCACCCCUGCAAUUUCACAGCCCCAGUUCACAGCCAUGAACGAACCACAGUGCUUCUACAAUGAAUCCAUCGCCUUCUUUUAUAACCGGAGUGGAAAGCAUCUUGCUACAGAAUGGAACACAGUCAGCAAGCUGGUGAUGGGACUUGGAAUCACUGUCUGUAUCUUCAUCAUGUUGGCCAACCUCCUGGUCAUGGUGGCCAUCUAUGUGAACCGCCGCUUCCAUUUUCCUAUUUAUUACUUAAUGGCUAAUCUGGCUGCUGCAGAUUUCUUUGCUGGCUUGGCCUACUUCUACCUAAUGUUCAACACAGGACCCAAUACUCGGAGACUGACUGUUACCACAUGGCUCCUCCGGCAGGGCCUCAUUGACACAAGCCUGACGGCAUCUGUGGCCAACUUACUGGCUAUUGCAAUCGAGAGGCACAUUACAGUUUUCCGCAUGCAGCUGCACACACGGAUGAGCAACCGGCGGGUGGUGGUGGUCAUUGUGGUCAUCUGGACAAUGGCCAUUGUUAUGGGUGCUAUACCCAGUGUGGGCUGGAACUGUAUCUGUGAUAUUGAAAAUUGUUCCAACAUGGCACCCCUUUACAGUGACUCUUACUUAGUCUUCUGGGCCAUUUUCAACUUGGUGACCUUUGUGGUAAUGGUGGUUCUUUAUGCUCACAUCUUUGGCUAUGUUCGCCAGAGGACUAUGAGAAUGUCUCGGCAUAGUUCUGGACCCCGGCGGAAUCGGGAUACCAUGAUGAGUCUUCUGAAGACUGUGGUCAUUGUGCUUGGUGCCUUUAUCGUCUGCUGGACUCCGGGAUUGGUCUUGCUACUGCUAGAUGUGUGCUGUCCGCAGUGUGAUGUGCUGGCCUAUGAGAAAUUUAUCCUUCUCCUUGCUGAAUUCAACUCUGCCAUGAACCCCAUCAUCUACUCCUACCGCGACAAGGAGAUGAGUGCCACCUUCAGACAGAUCCUCUGCUGCCAGCGCAGUGACACCACCAGCGGCCCCACGGAAGGCUCAGACCGUUCAGCUUCCUCCCUCAACCACACCAUCCUGGCUGGAGUUCACAGCAAUGACCACUCUGUGGUUUAGAAAGGAAACUAAGGUGAAGAGCCAGCCUUCCUCUAUUGAAGGAUGAACAGCCUCCUCCUACCCAAUGGCCAGGGCAAGGAGGGGGACGAGAGGAGAAAAAUAAACUCACGCACUUAAACACUAACCAAUGGCAGUAUUUGUUCCUAGACCCCACAAGACUUGAUAUGUAUUGGAAAUUAGCUUAUGUGACAACCCUCCACCUGGUCCCCAUUGCGUUUGAAAGUAGAAGGCAGAGUUCUUGCAAUGGAAUUCAAGGAUAGACGCUGGAGUGUCCAUUUAGACUACACUAACUAGACUUUAAAAGAUGUUGUGUGGUUUGGUGCAAGUCAGAAUAAAUUCUGACUCAUUGAAUCCACAAUUUCAUUUACAUAAGUCUUCCCUUUUUUAUUUUUAAAGGAUACAUUUCCCUUAAUAAACACGUUUAUGCCAUUAGCAUGUUUGCGAUGGGUAAGACUAUAGACUGUUUUUAAACUACCGUAAUUCCAUUUUUUUUCCCUAUGUAGGAAAACUGUAAAUUAGGAUUAUUUUUUGUUUAGAAAGCAUGCAUGUAAUGUAUGUAUGCAGUAUGCCUUAUUUAAAAAGAUAAAAGGGUACUAAUUUAAAAUCUUCUAGGAAAUAGAAGAACCUACAUGUCAUAGCCAGUAUUUGUUUAGGUUAUAAAACAAACAAUGCUCUAAUCAAAAUGCUGCCUUUUUAUUCAAGUGUGUAUAAGUAUAAAGCAAACAAGGAAUCUAAGUUUAUCACCAAAAGAAUAUGUAUCCUAAAAAUGUCACCGAAGAUGACCUAUGGUAAUAUUGUUUUCACAUAUAAAAUACCCAAUUGCAUUUUAAUUUACAGUACAUCAGAGGAAAUUUUUAAUAGCCUGUGUUAUCCUGAAUUAUAAAAUACAUACACAUUGUAGAAAACUUGAAAAAUGCAGAAAUGUAUAAAAAGAAAAAAAUGAUUACUGAUAAUAUCACAACCCAGAAGUAACCACCUUUAACAGCCCCCCCACCCCAUGUAUGUCUAUAUGUGUAUUAUAUGAUUUUUUACAUAAUUGGGAUCAUACUGUAAAAGUUUUGUAACUAGUUUUUUUUUUUAAGUGCAAAAUUGCCACAUUUUACUAUGGCAUUAAAAAUUUUACAAAAACAAUUUUAAUGGCUAUAUAAUAUUCCAUUUAAUGGAUGCAACUCAGUUUAUUUAACCAUUCCCAUUUAACCAUGUUGACUGUUUAGGUUAUUUCUAAUUUUCACCGUUAUAAAGUUGCAAAAAUGUUGUGUACAUAAAACUUUGUCCAUAUAAUUGAUUAUUUACUUAGGACAGAUUCCCAUGAAGGAUUUUUUUAAAAAUGUGAAUUGUCUUCUUAUGCUUUUACCUUUUAUAAAAAGGGAUUUCUUCUUUUAUACCGCAUGGAUGGCAGUUUGAGGAAAGCCAUUUAAAUUACCUUUGUACAAAAGAAAUGCAGUGGUUACUUUAGUUGAGAGUGACUUUUUAAUAUAAUAGAUGGGCUAGAAACAGUCAGUUAUCGCAGUGACCAAGACACCCUAAUAUAUCUAGCAAUUCCAAAUUUUGUUUGAGGGACCAGUUACCCAGCUUUUGGUAGCCACAACUGAAUGUAGAAUUGAAGCAAAUGCAAAGAUAUCAAAUGUGCCCAGUGAACAAAAGAUGGUCAUGUUAAAUGUCUUGGGGCCCUUCUAUAGCAAAUGGGUCGAGUGUGUUAGUAUGGGAUUGGCUAGUGUGUGUUCUCCAGGAAUCACCCUGAUAGACUGCAACCAGGUAGGUGAUACCUGUUUAAUCCACUGUCCAGGUAAACUAGUCAUUGCAUCAAUUUGUUGUAGCAAGUAACCAGGGAAGUAACACAGUCAUGAAGCAAGUUUGAGGAGGUCAGGAGGACGUCUGAGAGAGAAAAGUCCAGAAAGAAUGGCUGUCUAGGAUGGAGGAAGUCAGUAUACAGUCAGCGUGUGAGCAGAGGGCAGACUUGUGAAGCACCUGCAGUGAAAAGAAUGUGGGGAACCAGUUAACAGAGAGGUGUGUGCAUAUACUUUACACGAAGGACAGAACAUUUUAUAUUGGAAGUGAAAGAAAAGAACUUGGACUUUUACCUGUAUGCAUAUUUUCCGGAGGAGAUAUGGACUAUUUGAAACUAAAAGCAUACUAAUUGGACCUUAAUAAAUCAUUCUGAAGCAGUGUCUGGUAACGUGUGGUUCUGGCCAGUGCUGUUUCUCCAGCUUGCCUUGCACGGAGCUCUCCCUGUGUGAUCUUCUCUAUCUCCCUGCUAUGAUGGCUGCUGAACUCUGAGGGAAGGCAACCAUAUGCUUUUUCCACCCUGCGUACUAAGUCUUUCAAGUUUCCAGAAGAUGGUGGUUUAUGUUCCGUGAAAGGAGGGACAGUGUGUUAGGACAGUAUCUCAACAGGAUAACAGCUGGAGUGAGUUUCUUCUUUGGAAAUCUCUGAUUUUAUAAUAACUUUAUGAAAAACUCUCACUAGGAGUUUAUGAAGUCACAGUGGUCUUUGUGCUUAUCACUGAUCUGAUAAAAGUGAUGUGUGUCUUCCAACUAUCUGCUAAUUAUAAUCUUUUCAUAUAUUACUAAGGUAUUGGAAAAAAGAUAAAAUGUUGAUUCAAAUAAAUGUCCCAAUGAGUAUGUGGCUGAGAA